AUGAGAGUGUCGCGGAACGCCGAGGCAUGCUUUUGCGGCGCUCGCUUGAAUGUUGUCGGUCGUUUGCAUUGUGGAUUUAAGGCAGUCGAAAACCUCGAGGCCCAUUUCCGACCACCGAUGCUUGAAAAAGGACAUCAGCUUUACAGCAAGCAUGCAUAUCGUGUCAGAAGGGUAAACAGCACGAACAUCUCAGCGAAGUGCUUGUCGCAACACAAUAACAGUCCCUUUGUGGGAAACAAGCAGCCUGCAGAGCUGCCGCCUUCCUAUGGCACCCAACAUUCUGGGGGCAUUGAAUCCCCUUUUACAAUGGCACUUAAGGACAUGGAGAAGAGUAAGGUGGAAGUCAGGCGUGGCUAA